CCCCCUUCCCCAUUUCCCACCCCGGCUCGAGGUAAUAUCGUUCCUGGGAUCGCACACGCAGCCAAGAGAAACCUAGGCACCCUUGGCAACGCAGCAGCAGCGCUUCGCUUCGCCCCCCCCCCAGCCAGCGGGCCAACGCUCCCGUCUCUCUCACGCAGCCAGUCCAGUCCGUUCUCUCUUCAGCCGGUUCCAGUCCUUGAGUGCUCCUCUCUCCUCCCAAUUCCAUUCAGGCUUCACUGUCACCCUGGCAGAAGCGACCACCGUCUUUACCGUCCGUCUGCUGAGCACACACACACACACACACACACACAUACACACACCAACAGUCUGGCAGUCCGUCACCUCAGGUCCUGCUGCUGCUGCUGCUGUCCUGCCACUCGUUUCAUUCUUCCAAUCUCCCCGUUCCCUUCUCUUUUUCCGUCCACUCCCUAGUUCCAUUCAGUUGUAUGGUGUUGAGACGAACCCUUUGACCCUCUUUGGGCGCCUUUCACACAUUCGUUCACUUCUCCCCUCACCCUCGCGCUCAACCUUGUCCGCCUUACUCACUCUUUCUCUCACUCUCACACCUACUUACCCUUUCUCUUCCUCCACUCCUUUCAUCCUUUUCUUCUGCUCCGUCGACCCAAUUCGCAACUCGGUUUUCCGGCACUCCCCUUCGGCGACGUCGUCCUUUGCAAAUCCUCCCCACGACUCGUCUGCCGUUCAACCUCGCCGCCGCCGCCAGUUGAUUUGUGCUCCCGCGACCAGCGACCAGCAACUCGGACCAACAAGACACCCGAUAGGUUGACGCGCCUUGCCUUGGUCCCUCCUUUUCUUCCGUUUUCCGAUGCCCGUCUUGUCAUGAACUCGUGCACACGAAUCCGACUCCGACCUCGACGCCGCCUCUGACGGACUCCUUGUACCUGCAACCCAUAGACGAGUUUCCUCGUCGAGCCACUCAUUUUGAAAACCAACAACAAAUCAACAGGGGACCGAUAAUCGAGAUUUCCCCUAAUUUACCUUGAAUAUUACGCUCAUUUGGCUUAUUUGUCAAGUUCACUCGUUACGACUAUCUCCUGACAAAUUCACACACCACACGCCCCGAGUGCCAGUUGACGCUUUCCACUCUCUUAUACCAACAUCACCUCAGCAUCACCAGGGCAGUGCAUGAUCAACAUCGACUAGGACAAGAACGAUGCGGACAGUAUCCGUUGUUGCAGCCGCCCUAUUAGCGGCCUCGUAUGUGGCCGGCGAGCAUGUGGGGCCCACCAAGCCCAAGUACUACUUCCCUAAACAUGUCAAACGCCAGUAUGCCAACGCCACGAUAACAUCCAACGAUGCCCCUAUUUCCACCAUCGAUACGUCGUCCGACGCCUUAUCGCAGACGACCAAGAGGGAGACGACCAGCAACGACCAGAGCGAAAGCUUGUCGGACAUCCCCUUUGUCAAGUCGACUUCUUCGCGCUUCCUCACCUCGAGCGAACCGCAGUCCGAAUCCGAGUCAGACACGUCUCGGGUCACGACGGUGGUGAUUGCGAGCACCGUUUACGUUUCACCUUCCCAGCCCACAACAGCCGACUUGUCGACCGCUGGCACAGCCGCUCCCUCUGCCCCCGCUGUCGACACCGACUUUGUUAGUUCCACCGAUAGCACUGCGGGCUCCUCUGACUCAACUAGCCAGGGUACCACUGGUCUCUCCAGCUCUGCUACUGACAACAGCUCAACCGACCUACUUGGGUUUCCUACGGGAAUCAGCUCUGGCUCUACAACCGAGAGCAGCUUAUCUGACUCAACUACCGGGGGCACCUCUUCUGGCGCUACUUCGUCACCUGAAUCUACUCCGGGAACCAGUCUUGGUUCUACUACGGACAGUAGUACUAGCUCACCUGUUACUGCCACCGACAGGGUCGACUCUUCGGCUUCGGCUUCGGCGUCGGCUUCAGCUUCAACUUCGGCUAGCGAUAACACCAUCUUGCCCAGCUCCGGCGCCAAUGUUACCAGCUCUUUUGCCUCGACCACCGACGCUGUUAGCUCGUCCAGCUCUGUCACAAAGACCGCUAGCUCAUCCAGCCCUACCACCGAUAGCGCCAGCUCUUCGGCUUCUGUUACUGGCAGCGUCACCUCACCUGGCUCUAUUGCUAACACCACCAGCUCGGCCAUCUCUGCUAGCUCGUCCAGCUCUGUUGUAGAUAUCCUUAGCUUCUUGAACCCUGGUUUCGGUGGUGCUAGCUCUUCGGCUUCUGCUACCGAUAGCACUACUGUGCUUGGCUCUGUCGCCAAUACCACCAGCGCGGCCAUCUCUGCUACCGAUGUCGCUAGUUCUUCGGCUUCUGCUACCGAUAGCACUACUGCGCUUGGCUCUGUUGCCAACACCACCAGCGCAGCCAUCUCUGCUACCGAUGUCGCUCGCUCCUCGGCUUCUGCUACCGAUGUUGCUAGCUCGUCGGCCGCGUCGACUGAUGCAUCUGGCUCCUUGACUUCGGCCAGCGCUUUACCUACCGUCUCGUCAGGAGUCAUUUCUAACACGACUAGUCCCGACUCGUCUAGCUCUUUGCAGGUCCUUACUCCUCCUACCACCACCGUUGAGCCUAUUUCCACGGCCAAUGCUACCACCGUCGAGACAGCAAGCACCGUGACAGCCACCGAUGGGAGCGCUUCCACGGGUUGGCUUCCGCCUAUCAUCGUCCUUCCUUCGAUCCGGACGAGCUCGACUUCUGCGGCCGAUGUAGCAAAUUCUACCGCGCCUGCCCUCGUUUCUGGGACUGGCCGUGCAACCAACUCUACCAUCGGAACUGCCACAGCCUCCGAGAUCAUCGCGACAGAGGAUCCUCUGAUCACCAGCUCGAGCAGCUCCGGAAUUCUCCUGGCCCCUACAGGCGUCGUCAAUGAAACCACCACAACCGAACCCACGGCUCCCGUUACUACGUCGGAUAGUGUCACGAUUCCCUCAGCGACCGAACCUUAUGCUAGCGGCUCUGGAUCGGGCGUUAUCACGCCUUCCGCCUCGCUGACCACCAGCCAGCCUAAGCCUCCCAUGAUGUCUUCGGGUAUCGUCUCUAUCCCGAUUGGAAACUCAACUGUUUCCUCAACCAAAGCUGUUGAAUCGGGCCCAACAACAACCGGAAUCCCGGGGUCCUCAGUGCCUGUUAUUCCUGGAAACUCUUCGAUCCCUGUCACAUCCAUGUCUGACACAACGGUCGUUCUGCCCCCUGUCACUUUGAUUAACAGCACCACAGUAGCGGCCAAUUCCUCAACCAUUAUUCCAGUCAUCGUAACGAGCGCUUCAGCUGAGAGUUCGGUACCUGUUUCCUCCUUGGAACCUGUUACCACCACUCAGGUUCUGAUUCCCCCGCCUGUGCCGACCACGACGAUCAACUAUCCACCGGUUACGCAAUAUACUCCUACAGCCACCGUGUCUAACAUGCCGCCUGGCUACAAUAGCCCAACCACGAUUCUGGUGGACCAGCCUCCUCCUGCGCAGACCCACACCGUGUCCUUCGUGCAACAAACUACAGCGACUGCCCUUCCCACUGACCUCCCCAAGGCGAUUGCCCCUGAUGACACGACUGCUCCCAAGCCGGAAGACAACGUUUUUAUCCAGAUCGGUUUCAACUAUGGAUUCAAUUACCCAUUUGUGGCCAAGAACAACAACGCUGCGGCGCAGAUCUUCCGCCUUCUCCCUGAGGCGCUGGCGUUUGCUUCGUCCAUUGAGUCCCACAGAGUAAGAGUCACGAAGCUGAUGCCCAUGAACACGGUGAACACUCUGGGCUACUGGACCACUCUUGCUGUUGUAUCAUACCCGCAGGCGUAUGUUGAGAGCCUUCGACUGGAUGUUAAAAUCGCCAGUUCUCCGCUCUAUAACAACCCGACCCCGCUGGUUUACAACUUGACAAUGCAGAUCAAUCCUGCCAUCGACAUUAUCCUUGGCUCGACCCUCAUUGGCGAUGGCUCCGGUGGCGACAGUGGAAGUAACCCGUCCAACGCCGGUAACAACGGCAAUGCGGACCCAUUUACAAACAACAACAACGGCAACCAGACUUCUCAGCAGCGGGGAACCACGGCGGGCAUUGUAGGUGGUGCUGUUGCCGUUGCUGCUGCGUAUGGCGCGGCCAUGUUCGUGGUUGCCAGGAGAUACAAGAGGAAGAAGCAGGCGCACAGACGGGCGAGCUCCCUCGGCGGAAGCCCGUCGGACAUGCAGCAGAUGGGCGGGGGCAGCCCGGCUCUCAUGGGCGGGGCACUCCUUAGUAGGGACUUUACCGGCUAUGGAGGAGUGGCUGGCGGCGCGGCGGCGGCCGGCGCCGUUGCGCCUGGUGGACGGGACAGCCAUGGCAGCGGAAGGAGCGGGAUGGGUCUCUCUUCUCGGACCGCCUACAUCUCGGCCCCCGUUGCCGCGGAAAAUUCCCUCGGGUGGAACUAAAUGACGAAUUUGUGACGGCGACAUAGUUCUUGUGAUUACUUUCCCUGUCUCGACGACUGACACCGACCAUUUACGCUUCGAUGCCCAUGGGGAGGAUGUUGUUAUUUUGUUUGAUGCGACGAAGACUGCGACAUUUGAGACUUUUUGCGAUGUCAACGUCUUGGGCAGAUGGAGGCGGGAAAGAAGUUUUUUAAAAUAAAAGAGGAGGAAAAGAACUCAACACGUAUAGACGAUUUCUUUGGGGCCGCCUUUCAAUGGCAAACAUUUUGUGUGCUUUUUCCCCAUUUUACAUGUCAAGCAUCUUUUUCAUACCUUCUAUAGGCGGACUUGGUUUUGUAUGGCCAUGCCGUCUGAAAUUCAAAAACCUGGUACCACAAUAAAUGAUCGCAGCUGCACUUUUUGCUUGGCGGCGAUUAUGGUAACUCGGGUUCUUUCUAACGUUUUUAAUUAUCAUUUUUCCAUCCUAUAGUACAUGGUUCGAGGAAAGUCGGCUCCUUGAUUCGAGAUGAGUGGGCGGCAUAACGGCAGUCAGUCCAAGAGGUAGAGAGAAGAUUUGAUCAGGACGACCGACAACUGCGACAGAGGAAUGCUUUCGCUCGAUGCCCAAACCCAGCCCAGCCAAGCAGCCAGCUCUUUGUGCUCACAAAGAUGGAGAGGUGGAGAAGCAGCAAAGGGGGGAGCGAAAGACCAAAAUAAUUCCAUUUGACAGCUAAAGUUGGGUAAUGUUUGUGGAAUUGAGGAGAUUGAGUCGGAGGUCAUGGCCCCUGGGGACAGUUUGACAGGGUGAUAUGCGAUGGUUUCUGGUUACAUAUUUACAUAUCUCAUUUGGACGCAAUUUGCAUGUUUAAUAUUUCAGCGCAUAGCAAGCAAAUCCACAAAGAUCGAGACCUUUCUGUCU